GACUCGUAUAUUGAUCAACACGUUCAACAUACGUUUAAAAUCUAUGUACCUACUGAAUCUGAAUGUUUGAAAUUCAACACGGUCUUAAAUGGUUUUAAAACAUGCUCCCACUAAAUUCCAAAUGAGAUAAUUUCGCAAAAUUAUCUAAUAUCGACUGUAAAAUCGAAUAGGAAAUAAUUUCAUUCGCUAUCCGAAAUGAGAUAAUUUGUGAAAUUAUAUCAUUUGGGCUCUAGUAAAAACAGGGUCACUGAUAUUCAUGGUAUAAAAAGACAAGGUAUGAUCAUUAGAGCCUCCAUCUUACAAAAUGGUUUAAUAAGGUUUUGACGUUUGGCAUUUCGCAAAGUCAAAAGCAACAACAAUUUCGAAGACAAAUUUGUUUACAACAACAAUUUCAAUGGGCUGGGCUGUCAAAACCUUAAGUAGCCAUAAGUUUUGACAGUUCUCGAUACUGAGUUUUUUCUAAUGAUCAUACCUUCUCUUUUUAUACCAUGACUGAUAUUGACACUUAGAGGAUAUAAUAUAUGGAGUGCUUGUUCCUAUACCUAAUACAUUGUAACGCCAUAUGCAUGGAUAGGGGUCGCUGCCUUCGUUUUUCAGUGAGAGUCCGGUUCCGCAGCUGUAAAUAAACACGCUUGUUGAUGACAGCCAUCAAAUGAAAAUAAAAUGGAGGCAUGCACUCAUCGAAAAACUUAAAGAAACUAGAGCCCUCUAUAAAAGCUUCACGGAACUAACAGCACAUAGCACUCCAUAUAUUAUAUCCUCUAAGUAUUGACAUGACAACUUGUAAUUUGCUUAAAAAAUAUUUCUUUUCUGAUAUUCGUCCAUUAAUAUCGUUUACAUCAAACAAAGAACAAACAUAAAUUUUUCGGACUUGGGAAAACGAAUCUUUUAUCCUGCAUUAAGAGGCAAUUUUAAAUUUUUACCAGAGAAGUGUUUUUUAUAACAUCCGAUAGAGGCACAACCAAUUUAUAGUCUCAUUUCCUAGCUGUUUUAAUGAUAAAAUCGGCUGUAACUGUGUAAAGUUUCAAAAAUCUUGUUUAAAUUCAAAAUUUACAAAAAGUGCGCUAGACAGGCCUUAUACAGGACACAAUUCGUGGGGAAAUACAUAUGGAGAACACAAAGCCUUUCUAGAAUUUUCAAUAGAUGAAUAUAAGAUAUUACAGAAAUACAGCAAUGAUCUGGGCAUAUUUUUUUCAGCUUCAGCAAUGGAUGAGGUAUCAUUGGAUGACUUACGAUCGAUGGACUUGCCGUUCAUUAAAAUUGGCUCUGGAGAUGCUAACAAUUUUACCUUGUUGGAAAAAGCCUCAAAAAUUCAGUUGCCACUCAUUAUAUCCACAGGAAUGCAAACUAUGUCAACAAUUGAAAAUAUUGUACAAAUUAUGAGAUCGUCCUCCAAGACCAAUUUUGCUCUUCUUCAUUGUGUAUCCUCUUAUCCAACAAAACCUGAAGAUUGCAAUUUGCUUACAAUACAAUUGUUGCAAAAAAAAUUCCCUGAUGUUGUAAUUGGUUAUUCUGGUCACGAAGUAGUUCCAUAUAUAUCAGAAGCUGCUGUUUUACUUGGAGCAAAAAUAGUCGAAAGACAUAUAACGUUAGAUAAAAAGCAAAAAGGUUCCGAUCAUCUAUGUUCCUUAACUCCCAACGAGUUUCAAAGAUUAAUUAAAUCUAUAAGAUACUAUGAAGACAACAAGCUGCUGGAUGUACCUCAGUCAACACAAUUUAUCAUCGAUCAUUUUAAUGGGGACGAAAAUGUCAAAAAAUCUUUAGGACAUGUAUAUGGAAGAGACAUCUUGAAUUGUGAACUUGAUUGCCGAAAAAAAUUAGGCAAGUCCUUGGUAACCUCCAAAGAAAUUCGCAAAGGAGAGAUAUUAACAUUGAAAAACAUUAUGAUAAAAGUCAGUGAACCACCCGGGCUAACCGCAGAACGACUAAAAGAUUGUUUGGGUAAACCUACGAAUAAAGAUCUUAAAAUAGAUGAACCACUCCAAGCCGAAGAUAUUUUCGAGUUUAAAUGAUUUUUCAAUUUAAGGAAUGUAUAGCGGUAAUAAAGUAGUAUUUUAUUUACUUA